GCCACAUACUAUGGAGAACAGAUGCUUUCAUUGUUAAAACGGCAAAAAGUGAUAGAUUUCACCCACACAGACUCGCGCCUUGCCAACAAUGGUGUCCCAAAUUCAAUUCAAAGGCUCCGGUGCAGGGCAAUGUAUGAGGCGCUACGAUUCGCGCCGGAGAUCGAAGAGCUUGCAAAGAAGUUAGCAGACAGACUCAGAAGCAAUGGUGAACCCUACAUUGCUCUCCAUUUAAGGUGUCUCCUCCCCACUGCAUGCAUCUUUCUAGUGCCCUCAUACUUGCUAACCAGGCAAACUGUCUCGUUCCGAGUCGUGUUAAGCUGGAAUGUCGUGUUAAUCAAAGCCACAUACUAUGGAGAACAGAUGCUUUCAUUGUUAAAACGGCAAAAAGUGAUAGAUUUCACCCACACAGACUCGCGCCUUGCCAACAAUGGUGUCCCAAAUUCAAUUCAAAGGCUCCGGUGCAGGGCAAUGUAUGAGGCGCUACGAUUCGCGCCGGAGAUCGAAGAGCUUGCAAAGAAGUUAGCAGACAGACUCAGAAGCAAUGGUGAACCCUACAUUGCUCUCCAUUUAAG